AUGACAAUAUUAGCAACGCUGGUCGCGAAACUCCGCCAUGACCCACGGCCACUGUACAAGCUCCCGCCCUAUAUAUCGGUACUCCUUAUUCUGGUUGGCGCGAUUUGGCUCCUACUCCUUCCCCUGAACGAAUACUCGCGAGAAACAUACAUCUCGGAAAAUGCUCUACUCCCUGGCCAAGUACACACGUACUUUGCGGGCAGCGAGCAGAAUAUAUUCCGCGCAUACAGACAAGAGCUUGAUACUGUGAAGGACCUUGAUUAUAGCUUGGUGUCAGAAAAGCUCCAGUCAGUGUUUCGAGAAUCAGGGCUGAAAGUUGCUACACAGAACUACGAAUAUCAAUCUUCUGGGAAUGUAUACACUGGUCAAAACGUUUACAGCGUUAUCCAUGCCCCGCGUGGGGAUGGCACCGAAGCCAUGGUGCUCAUAGCAGCCUGGAAGACCGUUGAUGGGGAGCUCAACCUCCACGGCGUUGCUCUAGCAUUGACGCUGGCAAGAUACUUUAAGCGGUGGUCUUUGUGGUCAAAGGAUAUCAUAUUCCUAAUCACGCCAGAUAGCAAGUCAGGAGCGCAAGCCUGGGUCGAUGCUUACCACGAUAUGCAUCCACCCUCUGUUCAACCAUUACCACUGAAAAGCGGCGCUAUACAAGGUGCCAUUGCAUUUGAACAUCCUCAGAACCACAGAUUCGAGUCCCUUCACAUUCUGUACGACGGUGUGAAUGGGCAACUGCCGAAUCUUGAUUUGUUCAAUACCGCCAUUGCUGUUGCUCGCGGUCAGAUGGGUAUCCCAGUUGACCUGCAGCACGUAUGGAAUCAUGACAAUAAAUACCAGAAACGCCUCCAGACCAUGCUUAAAGGCAUGAUUCGCCAAGGACUAGGCCAUGCCGCUGGAGUCCAUAGCAGUUUCAUCCCCUACCAUAUCGACGCUAUCACGUUUCAGACCAUUGGUCUGGAUGGGAAGAUGAAAUGGCUUUGGGAAGAUCCAUCGAGGGCCUUCAUAGGAACCUAUCUUCCUAGUGCAAUGCUAAUUGCAGGGAAUUUUACCAUUAUGGCAAUCGGCCUCUGGCUCAAAAGUGGACGCCGGCCCUCAGAUGCAGCCCCAGAAACACAUCUCAUCGCUCUAGAUAGCAAAUCAGGGGAAGGAAAACAAAAUGACGCUACAACCACUAUUGAUGGGGUCAACAGAGCUGUAGAAAGGCACCUGUCACUGCCAUUGGCUCUGGUACUGGGGUUACAUUUCUUAGGGGCCGUUCCAUUAUACGCUUUCAACAGCCUUCCCCAUAAUCUCCUAUCCUAUGCGGCGUACCUUUUUGCCGUAGCGAACGUCGCCAUUCCCCUCGUCAUUUCUGUCCUUGUUGUUCACUUCCUACGGCCAACAACCCAACAAUUCAUCCUUACUAAAUCAUUUUCUCUUGUCCUAUUGGGAUUAUUUCUCUCUGCUCUCGCAACACUCAACUUCUCGUUGUCUCUCCUCCUCGGCCUCGUCUGCACACCCCUGACUUUCAUUGGCUACAUGGAAUCCCCUUCAGCUCAAAGGAGAGAGCCCAAAACUAAGUUGCAGGCGGAAGAGGAAAGUGACGCGCGGACUCUACUCAUGAUAAAAACUGUGUUUGGCAUAUUGCUCCUUAACAUUCUCUCCCCGACUGCUUUGCUCUUUGGUAUAUGUACAGCCUACAACGUCCCUGUCGAGUUUGUUCUGUCUGAAGCAGCAUUUGGAUGGAAUGUCUGGGGAAUGUGGACACAAGUUGCGGUUUGGUGCAUAUGGUGGCCAGCAUGGCUGGUGGGCUGUGUGUUACACUUCUCCUCUAUCCUAUGA